GGCUGGGAAAGUGGGAGUGGUGUCUAUGAGCAGGCGAGUAACAGAGUCUUCUGCUCAGCAAGGUUUCAGCACGGGCAGCUGGUUCUUCGUGCUGUGCUCACUUCAUUGAUUCGUUUACCAGGAUUAUAGCCUUGCAAAGAUGACAAUGGACGCUCUGCAACUAGCAAACACUGCCUUUGCAGUUGAUAUGUUCAAAAAGCUAUGUGAGAAGAACAAAACAGCCAAUAUUAUUUUUUCCCCACUGUGUACCUCAACAUCUCUGGCUCUGGCAUAUAAAGCUACGAAAGGUGAUACUGCAGAGCAGAUGAAACAGGUGCUCCAUUUACAAGAUGUCAAAGAUGUUUCUUUUGGGUUUCAAACAAUAACUUCAGAUGUUUCCAAACUCAGCUCUUUCUUUGCACUGAAAAUGGUUAAAAGGCUCUUUGUAGACAAAUCUCUCAAUCCUACCACAGACUUUGUCAACUCCACAAAGAGACCUUUUCCAUCUGAACUGGAAUUAGUGGAGUUCAAAGAAAAAACUGAGGAAACCCGAGAAAAGAUCAACAAAUCCCUUUCAGAGCUGACUGAUGGAAAAAUGGAGAACGUUUUGAAUGAGGAUAGUGUAAGUGACCAGACUCAGAUCCUUCUAGUUAAUGCAGCAUAUUUUGUCACAAACUGGAUGAAGAAGUUCCCAGAGGCAGAGAUCAAAGAAUGUCCAUUCAAAGUCAACAAGACUGAGACUAAGCCAGUGCAGAUGAUGAAUCUGGAAGCUACUUUUUGCCUGGGCUAUGUAAAAGAUUUAAAUGUUGCCAUCCUUGAGCUCCCAUGCCUUAACAAACAUAUAAGCAUGCUCAUUCUCCUGCCCAAAGAGAUUGAAGACGAAAGCACUGGCUUGGAGAAGCUGGAAAAGGCACUGACCCCUGAAACAUUACUACAGUGGACGAAUCCCAGCAUGAUGGCCAACACCAAAGUGAAUGUAUUUCUUCCAAAGUUUAGUGUGGAAGGUGACUAUGACCUGAAGCCGCUUCUAGAAAGCCUGGGAAUGACAAAUAUUUUCAACGAAAGCGCAUCAGAUUUCUCUGAGAUGUGUGAGACAAAAGGUGUGGUUGUGUCAAAGAUCAUCCAUAAAGUCUCCUUGGAAGUAAAUGAGCAAGGUGGCGACUCCCGAGAGGUACCUGGAUAUCGGAUUCUGCAACACAAAGAUGAAUUUAAAGCUGACCAUCCAUUUAUCUUUUUGUUUAGACACAACAAAACUCGCAAUGUGAUUCUUUCAGGCCGAUUCUGUUCUCCUUAAGCGGGGCAUGUUCGUUACAAAAAAAGCACAAUUACAUUUGUGGUGGUGCACACUCCUGUAAAGCUUUUCUUCCCAACUAUCACCUUUGAAAGGAAAUCUAAGAGGUUCAUAUAUUGGCUGAGUAAUACAAUGUACUCUACAU